AAAAAAAAAAAUCAAAUUCUCAGCUUGUGAUCUGGUCAUCAGUUGUUGUAAGCUGUUUUGUGGACAAGGUUCCUUCAUCAAACGUGUGUCUGCCACACGAAUCCAUGGGGACUGAUAAAGGGCUCAGUCGUGGUGAACGAAGUGGAAGAUAUGGUUCUGAAGGGAGAAAAGAUUACCCUGAAUGGCUUGAAACACCAAACAGAGAUGUAGAGCCGGAUUAUGAUCGACGAUGGGGUGAUGAUAGACACAGAGAGCGCUUUGAUGAACGCAGAGACAGUCCAGAGAGGGGCCGAAAACGACGCUGCAGCGACAGAACUGAUGAUGAGUACGAUGGGGAGAAUCCAGACCAGGACUACAAAAUGGAACAGGAGGAGGAGGAGGAGAGCAAGACUAUUAUGCUAAGGAGUCUCCCUUUUCAUGCCACAGAGGAAGAUAUUCGCUUAGCAUUUGAGCAGCUGCAGGGACCCCAGCCUGUGGACAUCCGCUUGAUGACGAAAAGGGCAGGUAUAAGCCGAGGUUUCGCCUUCGUGGAGUUUUAUCACUUGCAAGAUUCUACCCGAUGGAUGGAGACCAAUCAGAACAAGCUGGUUAUCAAGGGGAAAAGCAUCCCAGUGCACUACAGCAACAGGAAGCAGAAGUUUGAAAACUGGCUUUGCAAUGCUUGUGGUCUGUACAACUUUCGGAAGAGGCUGAAGUGUUUCAGGUGUGGAGCAGCAAAAGUUGAAGGAGAGUCUCCUGCAGUAAGUGGUUUAAAUGUAGAGUCUCAACAGCCAGGGGAUUACAAUGGAGACACAAUCAUUUUGAGGAACAUUGCCCCCCUUUCAACCGUUGAUGGAAUUUUGAACAUAUUGGCACCGUAUGCCAACCUGUCCAUGACCAACGUCCGCCUCAUCAAAGACAAACAAACAGGACAGAAUAGGGGCUUUGCCUUUGUUCAACUCUCAUCUUUCUUGGAGGCGUCUCAGCUCCUCACCAUCCUCCAGAGUUUGCAGCCACCUCUAAAACUGGAUGGAAAAACAAUCGGUGUGGAUUAUGCCAAGAGCGCCAGGAAAGACUCAGCGCAGCUUGAUGGGAUCCGAGCCAGUGUGCUCUCUGUUGCCAGCACAGCUAUUGCUGCUGCUCAGUGGUCCUCCAGCCAGUUACAACAAGCUUCACUUGCCACCUCUGAGCACGUCACUCUUCCAGAGGGUUAUGCUCUGCAGACACAGAAUUAUCAAGUGUGGCAGCAGCCUGAAGGAUUGGUUCCCAUCAUUGGAGAUGGAUUACUUGGAGCUGCUCCAGGAAUUAAGACUUUGAUACCUGCGGCCACUGGUGUGGUCAUAUCUCAGGCGCCUCAGGUUUACCAGCCAGUCAUCAUCAGCCAGCCUGCCACACAGUCACAACAACCAGCCAGGUCAGUUGAUGCAGUACAGCAGGCUGCUAGCGUUUGCACCACGUCACUGGAAACACCUGCUGCUUCUACUGUUGCAACUAUGGCUUGUGCCACCCCGGCUGCUAACACAACGGUUGUCCCUGACACCUCCACCUAUCAGUAUGAUGAGUCUUCAGGUUACUAUUAUGAUCCACAGACCAGCAUGUACUAUGAUCCCAGCAGCCAAUAUUACUACAACUCAGAGACUCAGCAGUAUGUCUACUGGGACAGUGAGAAGCAGACGUACGUCCCUGUGGCGGCAAACACAGUGUCCACAGCUAACACAACAGCGGGUUCCUCAGCUACGGUGACCACAAGCAGUAAAGAGAAAAAGGACAAGCCCAAAAAUAAGUCUGCACAGCAGAUCGCAAAGGACAUGGAGCGCUGGGCAAAAAGCUUAAACAAGCAAAAAGAAAGUUUUAAAAGCAGUUUCCAAGGCUUUACAGCACCCAGAGAGGAGGACAAGAAAGAGUCUGCAGCUGCUGAUGCAGCUUUCUCCCUCUUUGAGAAGAAGCAAAUAGGAGGCUUUGAGAUGUCGUCUCUAGUGACCGAACAGUUCAGGAUCACAGAGCAGGAGACUUCAGCUAAGAGCGGUAUGGUUGCUGCUUACAACGGGGACAGUGACCCAGAGGAAGGCGGCUCAUAUCGAGCACCGGACGAGGAAGGAAAAAUCACAGACUGGAAGAAGAUGGUGUGUCUGCUGUGUCGACGGCAGUUCCCCACCAAAGAGGCUCUGCUGCGUCACCAGCAGCUCUCUGACCUCCACAAGCAAAAUUUGGAAAUUCAGAGAAGGUCAAGGCUUUCUGAAGCUGAGCUGGAGGAGCUGGAGAGGAAGGAAACCGAGCUGAAAUACAGAGACAGAGCUGCAGAGAGAAGGGAGAAGUAUGGCGUUCCUGAGCCCCCAGCCCUGAAAAAGAAAUGUUAUCAACCUCCAUCCCCAGCAGUAAACUACGAACAGCCCACCAAAGACGGCCUGACAAGUGAUAAUAUCGGAAGCAAAAUGUUGCAGGCCAUGGGCUGGCAGGAGGGCAAAGGUCUGGGGCGCCACCAGCAAGGCAUCACUGCUCCCAUCUCGGCGUCAUUAAGGAUCAAGGGCACAGGCUUGGGUAUUAAAGGCAGCUCAUAUGAGCUCUCAGCAGCCGACACCUACAAGGACGCUGUCCGUAAGGCCAUGUUUGCCCGCUUCACUGAGUUGGAGUAAACUGGACGCAGAGAAAAGUAAAGACACUGAAAUGUUCAUGGCCAAAUGAUCUGUGACAAGAAAGGAAUUUUUUUUUUUUUCCCUGCACAGAUUUUUUUUUCUUGUAUAUAAAAUUUGUUUUAAAUUGCUAUAUAAUUUGUCAUCAAAAAUAUGUUGUCACUUGAAUCAGUGUGUACAUUCUGUAAAGUGUUUGUACAUUAAAUAAUGUAGAAAUGGGGAGGUCCUCUGUUUCUGUAGAGUCCAAAAGAAUCGGUGUGAUAAUUAAACCCAACCUUUGC